AUGAUUCGGCUGUUUAAAUCUCUUAAACAGAAUUAUUUUUUUAUUCUAUCAACCAGCACGGCGUCACUUCCUGCAAGAAGCACCGGCCAUCGUGAGUGCUUCUUUCUGUUUCUGCACGUGACAUGCAGUGUAGGCAAACACGAGGGUACUGCUGUGUCCUCGGCAAUAGUGCGAGUCGUGGAUAUUCUGCACGUGAACAGUGACGGUCACCCGUUGUUUGAUUUUCUUCCCCCUGGCUCCUUUGCCCCUCAUGCGAAGAUGUCCGAAACAGCAGCAGCAGCGGCAAAGACGAAAGCAACGGAGGAGGUAUUCGUCUUUUCUCGUGACAUGAUGUACUGUGCGGAGGCGACAGUGUAUACAGUGCCGUGCGUGCUCAGCUGCCGCGCGUCCACACAGGCUGUCCAGAUGAAGGCGGGGUUUGAGACACCAUCAGGCAACAUGCACCAUGCGGGGUUGGACCUGAAAAAAUUUCUCAAUGACGAAAAGAAGAUGACAACGCAGUUUGUAGAGCUCAGUUUGUUGCAGUGCGUCCCCCACCCUUUGAGCGGAGAGACAAGUAGAAUGAGCGCUGUGAUUGUGAUUUCUUUUUUGCAUGGACCCACGUUGGCGGCAGUCGUUUAUCACAGUGGCGCAUCCGGUCGCCGGUGGGAGUGUCAGCUGCUCCUAGCAACUGCAAGAACGACGGCAGAGGUGGCGCCGCCUUUUGUGCGACUUGUGCCACGGGCGGUGCCGUGUGGUGGUGGUGAGCCAAUCUGUUGGCUGCAGGACGCUGCCGGUCACUGGCACUCCCUUAUGUGCCGGGAGACAAGCGAUUUGAAGAGUGACUCUCGCAAGGUCAAGAAGAGCCCUUUGCAUUCGCUGGACAGUCCGCAGAGGUCCAUGCAGGACGCAUUGGGGUCGUCGAAUUGUGCUUCAGGAAAUAAUGGUGUUGAAGAGGUGACUGUGCUGUGGGAUGGAAAUGACCGGCUGUUCACGCUGGCGCCCUGUUGCUAA